AUGUCGAAUAUUGCGUUUACUCGCUUGCAAAGAGAAUGCAAAGAAGUUGUAACGAAUGCUGAAAUUGCGGAAACGGGAAUUAUGAUAGAAAUCCUGAAUGAAAAUCUGACUGAAAUCCAGGGGCAAAUUCGUGGACCGCCGGAUACACCUUAUCAUGGUGGCAUGUUUACACUCGAGAUCAAAAUUCCGGAGUCUUAUCCGUUCUCACCGCCAAAGAUUAAGUUUGUGACAAAGAUUUGGCAUCCGAACAUCAGUUCUCAAACUGGUGUAAUUUGCCUGGACAUCCUCAAGGAUCAAUGGGCAGCGUCGUUAACGUUAAGAACAGUUUUACUAUCUAUUCAAGCUUUGUUAUGCUCGCCAGAGCCCAAAGAUCCGCAAGAUGCCGUGGUUGCCAAGCAAUUUAUGGAAAAACCAGCGUUGUUUAAGUCUACCGCUGAAUUUUGGACAAUUAAGUUUGCGAAAGGAAAGGGAACUGAGAACCCUGAUUAUCGCGCGAAAGUUGACAAGCUACGUGAUAUGGGAGUUCGUGAGGAAGAAGCGAUUAGUGUGCUGAGCUGCAACAACUGGGACUUGAACAAGGCCACCUUGUACAUCUUCUCAUAA